AUGAUUCUACCAUCUGUAAAUACCUGUCUUUCGGGAGGACAGGUGAGCCUGAUGAGCAAGAGCUAUUUUUGACAGGGAACAUAUUGUGUAAAGGAGGCUGGGGGGAUUUCUAAAAAGAUGCUCUCUAUUCCCUGCUCAGGAAAUUCCACCCAUCGCUCCGCGUCUUGCUGCUGCCCCCGGCAACUCUGCAGUACUCAGUGUGCAGUUCAUUCAAGGGCACCUGUUGCCAUUUCUCCUGACAUUUAUGAAUAACACCUUUUACCUUGACUGCCUUUUGUCCUGUUCUUCCUCUUCUUUUUUUUAUUUAUUUAGCAUGUUUUACCACACCUCUGUUUAGUUAAGGCAGUGCUGGCAACAUAAGGACAAAUCCAUACUAUACAUUUUAAGCACAUUCAGUGUGCAUUCAAAGCACAUGCUCACCCACCCACCCAAAUCCUGGGAACUGUAGUUUUUUCCCCUUACAGUGCUCCCCUGUCCAGCACCCAUAACAAAUUAAAGUUCCCAGAAUUCUUUGGGGGAAGUCGUGUGUCAAAUAUGCUUUAAACGUACAGUGUGGAUCUGCUUUUGUAUAGUGUUAUUGUGUCACCUGGACAGCUUGCCAAUGAAACCCAGAGAAAGAACCGCAGCUGCUGGAUGUUAAAAAAUUAAAAAGAGGAGGAGGAGGCAUUCUUCCUCCUUCUACCACUUUUAUCGAGGAGAGGGGAGCUGCAGUCCUCCAGAUAUCCCUGGACUACAGCCCUCAUCUUCUCUGUCCAUUGGCCAUGCUAGCUGGGGCUGAUGGGAGUUGGAGUCUAAUCACACCUGGCAGUCAAAAGUCCUAACACCCCUGCUUUAGAGAGUCCUUGGCAGCAUGCAUAUAAUAAUAAUAGUAAUAAUAAUAAUAAUAAUAAUAAUAAUAAUAAUAAUAAUAUUUUUUAAAAUUUAUAUCCCGCCCUCCCCAGCCGAAGCCGGGCUCAGGGCGGCUAACAACAAUAAAAUAAUACAACAUUCUAAAAUCAUUUCAUUAUAAAAUUAAUUCAAAUCAAAUUGAUGGCAACCACUGGGCUAGAGUUCUGUGAAGACUGCCAAAGGAGGGAGUCAGGCUGUGCCCUGGCCAAAGGCCUGGUGGAACAGCUCUGUCUUGCAGGCCCUGAGGAAAGAUGUCAAGUCCCGCAGGGCCCUAGUCUUUUGUGACAGAGCGUUCCACCAGAUCGGAGCCACAGCCGAAACCAAUAACCAAAUAACCCCCUCCAAAAGUCCUUUAACCGAUAGUGACUUUCCAACAGUCAAGGCAAAAGGUCUUUUCAGCUCGGCUACCUCAGCUCCUUUUAAGUGGGUCGGGAAUUGGAGGCUCAGUAGCAGUUGCUGGUCUAUUCCUUCCAUCACCCUUUCACAAUUGGCCGUGCUGGCUGGAGAUGAUAGAAGCGUUAGUCCAACAACAUAGGGAGGGCUACAGGUCCCCCACCCCACACCUGUGCCUUAUAUAUUCCACAAUAUUUGUAAUUGAUUUAAUUAAGCCACAAACUUCAAAGCUGGGGUUGCUAACGGAUCAGGGGGGAAAUGGCCCAGCCUACUCUUGUGCCUUUUCCAGCAGCUUAAUUUGCAGAAAUGUGGAGCUUUUGAUGGAAUGGAGACGAGUUAGCUGCUCAUUCCCGCAGACUGGAUCACUCUUAGAAGCUGGUAGUCCCUGGAAACAACCAAGUUUUGGAAAUAACCAAGAACCUCCUGAAAGCAAUGUCCUGAAUCCGCUGCAUUUUGUCGAUUCCAUUACUGAAGGCACACACAUUUUUUUGUCUGUCUCUCUUUAGAGUCCUUAAUGCAGAGGCUGCCGGUCUUUGUGGGUCCGUGGGCACAUUUGCAAACCAGAGAAACUGUUGCGGGCACCGCAACCAUGCAUGCACAACAUGUAUGCACUGCAACCGUGAAUGUAUCACAGCCACACUCCAUAAUUGCAAGCCCACAUGUGCAUGCAGAAUGGAAAGUUUUUUUCAAGCCUAAUUUCAGUAGGAGAGAUUGGACCCUGUGGAUGCCAGGGAACACCUCUAAGGGUGGUUCUGUGCCCACAAUGCUGUAUUGGUGACCAAUGCCUUUAUGUGUUUCGGCUUCCCUCUCUUUGGUGGGAAAGGAUGGCGACCACUCAAGCAAGGGCUGGAUUUCAGUAACUCCAUAUUGUGUUGCUAGCCAUGGGAAACAUUGCGAUUCCUAUCUUCUUCGGGAGGGCUUUUCUGUUUCGAGAAAAGGCAAGCAAGAGGUGACACAACAGAAGUAUGUAAUAUUAUUCAUGGCAUGGAGAAAGCGGUCAGAGGACAGUUUUUCUCCCUUUCUCAUAACACUGGAAUUUGGGAACAUCUAAUGUUGGAAGACACAGGACAGAUGAAAGGAAAUACUUCUCUGUGCAUCACAUAAACUAUUUAACUCUCUCCCACAGGAGGCAGUGAGGCCAACAACGUGGAUGGCUUUAAAAUAGGAUUGGGCAUGUUCCGGGAGGAUAAGGAUAUCAAUGCCUACUAGCCAUGAUGGCGAUGCUCUGCCUCCAUGGUCAGAGACAGUGGUGCUUCAAGUACCAGUUGCUGAAAACCACAGGAGGAGACUGUGCUCUUGUGCUUGGGUCCCGCUUGUGGGUUUCCCACAGGCAUCUGGUUGGCCACUGUGAGAACAGGAUGCUGGACUAGAUGGCCAUUGGCCUCAUCCAGCAGGCUGUUCCUACAUUAUUAGGCAAGGUAAGGUAAGGUAAGGGUAAAGAACCCCAGGAUGGUUAAGUCCAGUCAAAGGCGGCUAUGGGGUUGCGGAGCUCAUCUCGCUUUCAGGCUGAGGGAGCCGGCGUUUGUCCAUAGACAGUUUUCCAGGUCAUGUGGCCGGCAUGACUAAACCGCUUCUGGCGCAUGGUGGACCGUGACGAGUGUUAGAGUGCAUGGAAACACCGUUUACCUUCCUGCCGGAGCGGUACCUAUUUCUCUACUUGCACUGGCAUACUUUCAAACUGCUAGGUUGGCAGGAGCUGGGACAGAGCAACGGGAGCUCACCCCGUCAUGGGGAUUUAAACCGCCGACCUUCCAAUCAGCAAGCCCAAGAGGCUCAGUGGUUUAGACCACAAUGCCAGCCCUGCUCCAUCCCCACCCAAUGUGGAGAAGUGGAACAGGCUUGGAUAUUUUGCAUUCUUUCUUUUUGUACCCCAGCCAAGCUUCACCCAUUGAAUUUCUGCCUUUGGGGCCGCUGCCUAAAAGCUGAAGAGUUUGCAAACUCUGCAGCCUGGCGACGGCGAGCCAGACUUCUGUCACAUCUAAGGAAGAGAGGCUGCUCUUUGUAUGCUGCCGGUACAGGACCUCGGUGGUUUUCCACUGUAUUUGCAUCGACACCAAUUUCCAGCGUGGCUCGUGGAGUUUCUUGGGGGUGGGGUGGGGAGGGUGAGCUUUGCACAUGGAGCAGACUUUAAAGCUUUAUUUCUUUCAAUAAUAUAUUGCUUCUUGGGACCAGAGCCAUGGAAACGCACACUGAGUGUUUGUAUGAAGGCAAAGGAGCAGAAGAAAGCCCAGGCUUUUUCUGUUUGCCUAAGGGAAUCCAUUGCAGGCCCGCUCUGUAUUUACUGAGCACAUUCUUUAUUUAUUUAACUUAUUGAACUCGUGCUACUGAGGGUGCCAUUGCCCACAGUCCGUGUGGCUUUCCCCGUCGCUCUUUUUAUGAAAGGAAUCUAGGAACCAGUGGCGUGUGGGUAUGGGUGAUAAAUUUAUCUGCUUCACGUUGGCAAAGGUUGAACUCGUGGGUGCUUGGGGUCUAAAGCCCAGAAAUAUACCCAAAAAGCCACUUGGAGAUAUGUGCACACUAAAACUUCAGACCUGCAGAUCCUGCAGUGUGACAAAGAUGACGAUAGGGACAGGAAGCCAAGUCAGACCAUUGGUCCAUCUAGCUCAGUAUUGUCUGCACUGAUUGGCAGAGACUCUGCAGGGUUUCAUAGAAUCGUAGAGUUGGAAGGGACCUAAGGGUCCUUUCGGGAGACGUGGGUGGCGCUGUGGUCUAAACCACUGAGCCUCUUGGGCUUGCUGAUCAGAAGGUUGGCGGUUCGAAUCCCUGUGACAGGGUGAGCUCCCGUUGCUUGGUCCCUGCUCCUAUCAACCUAACAGUUCGAAAGCACACCAAAAAGUGCAAGUAGAUAAAUAGGUACCACUCCGGUGGGAAGGUAAACAGCGUUUCUGUGCGCUGCUCUGGUUCACCAGAAGCGGCUUAGUCAUGCUGGCCACAUGACCCGGAAAAACAGUCUGCGGACAAACGCCAGCUCCCUCAGCCUGUAAAGCAAGAUGAGCGCCACAACCCCAGAGUCGUCUGCGACUGGACUUAACUGUUGGGUGUCCUUUAUCUUUACCUUUUUAAGGGUCGUUUCAAGCACAGUCUUUCCCAGCCCUACUUGGAGAUGCCUGGGGUUGAACCUGGGACCUUCUGCAUUCUGCAUGCAAAGCAGAUGUUCUCCCACUGAGCUAUAUGGUACCUGUCCCUUUUCUGGGUAUAUGUAUGAGACCCCAAUGUUCUCACACCAAGGAUCACAGCCUAAGGCAAUGGUAGCUAAUGUGAUGCCCUUCUGAUGCUGUGGACUGUUGCUUUCAACAGCCCCAUUCAACACAGCCAAUGGUCAGGGGGCACUCAGAUUAAUUUGUUGCAAGCCUUUGGUCAUCACAAAGAUGCAAACAGCAUAGAAACACAUUUGAGCACAGGUGGUUCCCAGCACACAGGACCCCAUGCUGUACAACAAAAUUCUGUCUGAUCCGCUGAGCUGUGGAAGCAAACUUAGAAACCUUGCAUGAAACAUAUUUAUCCCCAUCUAUCAACAAACAACAGGCUUUCUCUUUAUUAUUCAAAAAAAGAAAGCUCUCUGGAGAAUUCCUUUGAGAAAUCUGUCCCUUGGAGAAUCGUACAAGGAGCGAUGGUGAACAUAAUGAACAACACUUUCCACCUCUCCCUGGCUGCAGAAUGGUCAUGGCUGAUGGGAGUUGUAUUCCAGCAACAGCUGGAGACAGUGCCUUAUCAUUAGGCAAAGUGAGUGGUUUAACAGCCAAUCCCUCUUCCCAGGGAAAUCUGAAAAUUGUAGCUCUGCGCGGAGAAUAGGGGACUCCUAGCAACUCUCAGCAUCUUUAACUAACUACAUUUCCCAGGAUUCUUUGGAGGAGGCCAUGACUCUUUAAAGUGGUACGAUACACCUUUAAAUGUAUAGUGCGGAUGGGCCCAUACUCUUGACCUGUAACUAUUCACCAGAUGAUGCAAAACUGGAAAGUGCUGAAUUAGCUUUAGAACGAACGUCUUCUCUUUUGAAAUUCACUGUUUUCUGCCUGACUGCAGUGACCCCCUGAAUUCCUUGAGACGUGACAGAUUCCUUCCUCUCAAGGCACAUGCUUCUGAGAGGCUAAUCACAGGAUUAGAUAAUAAGAUCUGUUUGCUGUGAUUCCAAUAAUCCAGUCUCUGCUUUAGCAAAGUGAAAGGUAAAGCAAAUCUCAGAUAAAAAUCAAGCCGGGGUUUUGAGUACUCGAGACUUAGGAAAAUCUGGUCUUAAGAGUUGAAAUCUCCUCGGCUUUUAUGGCAACUACUAUUCCAUGCUAAGUGGCAAAAAAUGCAAGACUGAGUCUUUUGCUAACCCACUGCUUGGAGUAGCAGCAUAAGUAUAGUCUUAUGAUCUAAUUCAAGGGUAGCCAAGUUGGCUCUCUCCAGUUGUUGCAUGGCCAACAGUCAGGGAUGUUUGAGACCAUUGGAGGUAAUCCAUUAGGCAAGUAGAACGCUGUCCCACCAAGCUCAGACUGUCCUCAGCCGGUCCCCACCUGCCCACUUCCUUACUUACAACUAGUCCAGGCUGUGGCUUAGAUGGUCUACCUCCUUGUCCUUGUUCACAGUGUUGCCCUUGGAGAGCUCAGCAGGGAGGAGGAUGGAGACAAACCCAGAAUUCACUAGCUCCACUUACCAUUGGGGCUAGCUCCACCAGCCAUGUGCUCUGGUGCCCCCUAGUGUUGGCCUCCCUGACUUUUUUCCCUAUUCUUCCCAAUGGGUGCCAGUUUCCACUGGUGGGAACUGUAAUCCAACAACAUCUAGAAGUCACAAUAUCAGCUACUCUGGGUGUUCCAGACAGGGACUUAAAACGGCAAAUAGGUUGGUAACAGAAAUUGGCAACUGGCAUAUUUUUGCAACGCUGCAUUUUCCACAGAAAGGGAAAAUCUGGAUUCAAUUUGAGAAGGGAAGAAAGAUAGGCUGGCAUUUUGAUGCUAACAAUGUUGUGUUGACAUUUUAGCUGCUUCUACACUAGGCAUUUAAAGCACAUGCCUUCCCCCAAAGAAUCAUGGGGAUUGUAAUUUACCCCUCACAGAGCUACAAUUCCCAGAACCCUUGACAAAUUGCAGUUCCCAGAAUUCUUUGCAGGAAGGCAUGUGCUUUAAAUGCAUGGUGUGCACACAGCCUUUGAAAACUCUGCAUUCAUAAAGAGCAGCAAUCCUCCAAUAAACAUUUAUUUGAAAGCACCCUUUCCCUUCCUUGCUAUUGCAGAAGGACCUCAGAUUGCCAUACUGGCUGACUCUAAGAAUCUCUGCAUACCAUUGGCUGAACUGCUCUGACCUCCCAGAAGGACCAGGCAAGACAGGGUGUCCUAGGAAAGGAAGGCUGGAGAAGAAUAUAAGGGAGCAUUUGAAAAAAGGAGAAGGAAAACUGGAAAAGGAACAGAGGAGAGCUGCAGAAGGAAAGGAGCUUCAGAGGUAA